CACGAUCAACUGCGGCUGCAUUUCGCCGAAAGUGGACCGAGAGGCCGCGGUCGCCUGCCUACAGUCGCUGGACCCGGUGACUCUGGUCACUCAACUGGACAGUGUGACAGAGGCCUACGCCCGACGGCGUCGUCUGCUCAUUGAGUCGUGCAUUCUACCGUCGUUGGGCGUGCAAAAGGUGGGACGCAGCCUGCCCUCGUAUGUGGGCGGCGCGAGAGUCUACCUGUCGGUACCGAUGCGACCCACUUUGGACGGCCACUUCAUGCCGGGCCCAGUGGCUCGACUGUUCGAGGCCGGCAGCAGUGGCUAUCUGAAAAGGGCGCCGCAACUGCUGGCCGGACUGAACAAAAACGAGGGAAUGUUCUUUCUGCUCUACGGACUGGGCAUCAACGACACGUACCUGGUGCAACCGGACGGCCAAGUCAUCCUGCCGGAGGCGUUGAAGACGGCCGCAUGGGCGCAGUACACGCGCAGUCAGCAGGCGGAAAAGGUGGCCGAUUUCGCAUGGUUGAUCGCGGCACACAUUCUGCCCGACGUCUGUCUCAGACUGCCGGCCCUCUUCGGCCUGCCGCUCUACCAGUACGCGCUGCCCAGUCGCGUCUUCUCGCGACGACAGCGCACCAAGUUCGGCCAACUGGCCGACAUCAAAGUGAGAUAUCAUACUCCCCACCAUCAAGCUUCACCUUCUCCUCCUCCUCCUCCUCCACCUCACUCUUUUCCUCCUCCUCUUCCUCUUCCUCCUCUUCCUCCUCAU